AUGGCCAGUAGACAAUUUUACUCAAUGUUUGGUAAAAAGAAGAAAGAAGCAAAAACUCCGAAAAAUGGACCGACCGCCGAACGGUACAACUUAAAAUAUCUUUAUUGGUGUUUUUAAAAGCGCAGAUGGAAUUUUUUUAAAGGAAUCGAAGCAAAGAGUCGGUUGAAGAGUAGCAAGACUUUUGCGCUUUCAAAAGGAUCUUGAAAGACCCGAAAAUAACUGAAAAAUAAUUUUUUGAGUACGCCAAUAAGGAGAAAAAGCGGCGUAAAGUUACCGGAGAGUAUCGUCAAAGAAGCCGAAGUGAAAGAAGGACCCGUCGAGGAUUUCGAAUGGAAAACUGAGCGGAAACCCCAGAAGCGGAAAAGGUAAAUAAAAAAAGGACAAAAAUUAUGGAGUCAAUUUUAUUCAGAAUGUCGGUGUCGAAAGACGAGUUUGAUGUUUUGCCAAUUUGCGGGGUCAGCGUGAAGGUUCCGAAAGGCUUGAAACCCUAUCCGACGCAGAAAUUGAUGAUGGUCCGGAUUUUGAUGGCCCUGAAAAAUAAGCUGAAUGUGUUGGCCGAGAGCCCAACUGGGAGCGGUAAUGUAUUAGAGGAGAAAUAACUUGAAAAUCUACAAGUUUCAGGGAAAACCAUGGCUUUAUUGGCGUCUACUACAGCUUGGCUCCAUAAUUAUUACAAUGAGAGGAGAGAAGUUCAAUUGAAGUGUCCUGUACAUGGAAUGAAGCAGGGUACAGUUUAGUCUGAUCAGAUUUUGAAUUUUGAUGACGCCAUUCGAAAACGCUUCCUGGAGGGCUCGCUUUCUGAUUGAUUUAUCGCGUAAUUAGGGGCGGAGCUUGAGCGACGACUUGAAAUUUGAAAUCUCAACAGACUGUCACAAAUAGGAAAAUUGAAUUUUUAGGAGCAAAAAGGAAUUUUUACUUAAAAUUGAGAUGUUAACAGUUUCUUUGUUAUUGAAGCAGGGUAAAAGGAUUUUUUUUUUCGAUUCAAGUUAUUUUUUUUUAGUUUUUUUUUCUAUUCCAAAGAAUUUGAAUUUUUUAAAAACUUUAACAGGCGAUAACUAUUUUGAACAGCGUGACCAAAAAACAAAAUUGCGAACACAAAAAAGUACCGUAUCUCAAAUCUUUUUACAGUAACCCAAGAUGGUAUGUACUGAAACAAUUCGUAAAAUUGCAUUCCCUAUCGAUUAAUAUACAACUUGCCUAGAAAAAACUCGUUAAAUACACAGGUGACCACCCACCUACCGUAAUCCGGCUACGGUUGAAGGAAAUGGCUGAAAAAGUUGUGUCCGCAAUUCUGACGUCAUAUGAUAACACUGAUUGAAAAUCAAAAAAUAUAAUUUUUCUCUUUGAUUUUUGAUUAUUAUAGAGACAGAGUGUUAAUUAAAUGGCAGUUCACUUUUUUUCUUCUUUUUAGAAUCAGAACUUCCUUCUAGUCUUCUCGUUGAAAACGUCAAGAAAGAAGAAAUAUACGUGAAGGAAGAAAUCCUUGAAGAUUCUGACCAAAAAACCCUCGGUGAGUCGAAAAAUUAUCAAAUAAAUCAAUUUUUUCAGCCGAGUUGGAAUGGGAGAACGAUUUUCAAGUGAUACGGAAGAUGGUGAUUUGAAAAUAAUCUUAAAAUAAUAAAUAUUUAUUUUCAGGGAAUCCAAGAACCAGUAGAAGAAUUGAACGGAGAAGACGAAAAUCUCGAAAAAGAGCCUGUGAAAAAUCCGGCUUGUAUUUGUUUGCCGUGGGAUUGAUCUCUUCCCUUUUUUGGAAAGAUUUAUUUUUUUCAGGAGAGUUCGAAUUUAUUACGGGACCAGAACUCAUAAGCAAAUCGCCCAAGUUGUGGCUGAAUUUUCACGGUUACCGUAUGCCAAUGAUAUUAAGUGAGUUCAUCGGAAUGAUUUAUCAAUUAAAAAUAUUUUUUUGUUUUCUUGUCUAAUAUUGUUCAAAAAUGUCAGUAAUUUCGUAUUGAUCCUCAUUUUUCUUGAUCUUUAAAAGACUUCUAUGAAAAGCCUUGAAAAAUUUUAUUUUUAGCUUUUUUUUUCAACAUUUUUCGUGUCUUUUCGUUCGAUUUUUUCCCUGUCCCGUAGAGAAAGUUUAUCGGAUUGAUUUUCUGAUUAAAAUAUUUUUUUUUGUGCUUUUCUUGUCUAAUAUUGUUCAAAAAUGUCAGUAUUUCUCAUUGAUCCUUAUAUUUUCUCCUAUCUUCAAAAAGGCUUUCAUGGAAAUUAUUGAAAAAAAUCUCAAUUUUAGCAAUUUUUUUGUCAACUUUUUUUCUUGUCUUUUUCGUUCGAUUUUUUUCCUUUAUCGGAAUUAUUUUUCUGAUUGAUUAUAGUUUUCUGCACGUUUUUCUUGUUACAUAUUCUUCAAAAUUGUCAGUAGUUUUUGUAUUGAUCCUCAUUUUUCUCUUAAAUUCAAAAAGACCUUCAUGAAAAAAAUCUUGAAAAAUAAUGUUUUUAUCCCUUUUCCUAAAAUUUUUCGCCUCUUUUCGCUCGAAUCUUUUCCUUUUCCUUUUUUAAAAAAGUUCAGGAACCUUUCAGAACUUUCAGUAUUCUUUUGGCCUUUGUCCAUCCUUAUUUAUUUCUAUUUUUUUAUUUUUUUCCUAACAUUGAAAAAUUUUUUUCUUGGUUUGAAAAUCGAAAUUGAAGUUUCUUCGUUGUGGUCCUCAUAUUUUUCUCAUCUUCAAAAGACUUUCCUGGAAAUUAUUGAAAUAUCAUAAUUUCAGCAUUUUUUUAUAAUCAUUUUUUUCGAUAAGGAAAAAAAGUUCAAAAUUCGUGUAGGCUUUCAUAUUUUUCUCCGCCCUUAUUAAUCUAAUUUUUAUUAAUUUUUUUCCUUCUUGUUGAAGGAAAAUAGUAUUUUUUUGAUUUAAGAAAUUAGAAAUCAAGCAGUUUUCUCAACUGAUCCUCAUAUUUUUUUCAAUCUUCAAAGGGCUUCCAUGGAAAACUACAUGAAAUAUUUUCUUAGCAUUUUUUCAAAGACUUUCCGCUUUUUUUUGUUCGAUUUGUUCCGCUUUCCCGACUUUAAAACAUUUGAAAACCUUGCAGAACUAUUAGUAGACUUUUAUUGAUUUAUAUAAUCUUCGAGAGUUUUCUACGCUCUUUUCCUUGAGAAAAAAACGUUUCCCGGCAUUUCGGCCUCUUUUUUUUCAUUUCUUUAUUUGCUUCCUGUUUGGUUGAAUUUUAUUUUUUGAAACUUUAAAUAAAGCUAUGUUUUCUUCUUUUCAAAAUCCCAUUUUGUUAUUUUCUAGGCACACGAUUCUGGCGAGUCGCGAGCAAUCCUGUAUCAAUCCGGUGGCUAGAAAAUCUUUCGACAUUUCUCAAUAUUGCAAAGAUAUCAAUUCACAAGAUGGGGUUUCAGAAACUAUUCAAAUCUGUUAAAAAUCUAUCUAUUUUCAGAUAGGAUGCAACUUUAAGGUGGCCAUGAAGCCGCGGUUUGAAAAGGCGUCCAUGUUGAGAGCUCAUAUCCGAAUGAAUGUAGUUUUAUCGAUUUCCUAUUUGAAAAUAGAAGAAAAUAAUUUAGGGCAGCAACGUUUUUGAUAUUGAAGAAUUGGUGGAAACCUUGUCGAUCUCUAGACCGGCCCUGUGUCCGUAUUUCUGCUCGACGAGAGUUUUGACCCAAGAUGCUGACUUGAUUUUUUGUCCCUUCAGUUAUCUUGUUGGUGGGUUUCGUGUACAAAAAAAAAAGAUUUGUUAGAAAUUCUUGUGAAUUUUAGAGUGGCUCCUAUGGGGUUUCGAAGGAAAAACAGCCACUAUAAGGAUCGAAAAAGUGAUCCCUAUAGGGGUGAAAUCAAGGUGGUUGCUAUAGGGUUUUAACUAGUAAGGUCUGACCCCUUAGCUCCUAAAGUUUGAGUGGUCCCUAUAGGGCUUUUUUUAAUUUUAUUCGAAAAAAAGGUUAUUUUUUUAUAGUUUUUUUGCAUUGAAAUGCCUCUUCGCAUAGUGUUAUUUCAUCGACUAGCAUGUCCCCUAUAGAAACCACUUAGACAAGCUUUUAGUUUGAAAGUUUUUCCUACAUCCUUUUUGAAAAAAAGAAUAUAUAUAAAAUCAAAUAAAAUGAAAGAAAUGAAAUAAUAACUUUUUUUGUCCAACGACAAAAUUAUAUAGAAACUUUUUUUGAAUUCCUAAAAAAAUUGAAGAAAAUAACUAUUUGUUUCAUUACUAAAUUUAAAGAAAGUAUAACCGCUUUUUUUCAAAAAUAUUUUUUUGGAAUUCUGUUUAACCGACGCUUUCCUGUGAAAAAAAUUGUUGAAAAUUUUCGAAUUAGCUAUGAAAAAAACUUUCCGUUAUAUAGAAGCCCUUUCCUUAUGAACUUCUCCUUUCUUAUCGUUCAAAAAAACUUAAUUGAAAAAUAAAAAAAAGAUAAAAAAAGGAAUAAAUCAUAAUGUAAGGUGUCUUUCAAACAAAUUCACUUUAAGUUUUUUUUUUCUGAACGUGAAAUAGGAAAAUUCCUUAUCAAAACGUUAUACAACGUGGGAAAGUAAAGGCCGUGGGAAGGUUUUGCGUCAAUUUUCGAUCUGUUUUAAAAAAAAAACUGUUUAUUGCAUCUUCAAUGUGAGAGUACAUGUGCAAUCGACUUUCAUUGAUUUAUGGACCGUCUAGCUCAGACCACUUUUCGAUCAGUCUCCUCAAAAAACUUUCCAACAAAAAGGGAAAUUUCAGACCCGAUAAUCCGAGCUUCUUCCGAUGUUCACGUCAAAAACUCGAUAAUCAUUUUGGACGAGGCCCACAAUAUUGAGGAUACUUGUCGCGAUGCCGCCAGCUUUUCCUUCACCGAGAAGGAAAUUGACGACUGCUUGACUUCCUUGAGAACUAAACGUAUUGAAAAGAUGAAAAAAAAAGAAGUUAAUAGAAGGAAUUUUUCAGAAAAUGAACUGACAGGUGAGAUAGACAUAGCAAAUUCCGGAUUCAUGUCCAAUUCUGAGCGAGAAAACAGAGAAAAAGUCGAUCAGUAUCACGAAAUUCGAUCGAAUCUCAUUUUGGUUCAGUUUAUUGAGAGAAUUUUCAUGAAUAAUAUGAAUUUUCAGCUCGAAAAUCUCAUGAGCCAUGUCUCUCGUUGGUUCCGCUACAUGGCUGAAACGGCAAAGACAAAACCGAUGGGAAGAGAUGGAAAGAAGACGAACACGAUGUAAGGUGUAGAUAUUGGUAGAUUUUUUAGUGGCCUCUUGAGGGUUUAGAAGUUUUAGUGGUCAUUCAAGUGUCUAAAUUGAGUGACCUCUUUAGGACCCUGAAAAACUGAUGUAGUUCCCACUAAAAGGUGAAUGAGUGGUGUCUAAAGAGAUGGUUUUAGUGGCCACUUCAGGGUUUAGAAGUUUUAGUGGCCAUUUAAGUUAAUACAAGUUAGUGACCUUUUUAGUGAACCAAAUGGUACUACUAGAGCCCUAAAAAACUAAUAUAGUGGCCACUAUGACGCAGAAUAGAGGUUUAGGGGCGAUUUGGCGGUUUUGACGUUUUAGUGGUCCAUGUAGUAGUCGGAUUAGUGGCCACUCAAGUGACCAAAAUUUAGUGGCUUCUUCAGAAGUCUGAAAGGUACUAUUUGACCAUUGAAAACUACUAUAGUGGUCACUAAGGCACCAAAUAAUGGCUUCUAUAGAGCUGGUUAUAGAGGUCACUUGAGGGUUUCGGUGUUUUAGUGGCUUCUAUUAGUUAAUAUAGUGGCCUCUUAAGUGGCUAAAAUUUAAUGGCCUUUUUAGGAAUCUAAGUGGUACUACUAGACUCCAAAAAACUACUGUAGGGGUCACUAAGGCGCAGAAUAGUGACUCCUAUAGAGGCGGUACUAGUGGCCACUCUAGUAGUCGAAAUAGUGGCCCUUUCAAUCACUAAAGUUUAGUUACCUCUUUAGGAGUCGAAGAGGUACUAAUAGAGCCCUGAAAAACUGCUUUAGUAAGGCGCAAUAUGUAUAGUGGCUUCUAUAAAGGUGGUUGUAGUAGCCACUUCAGGGUUUCGGCGUUUGAAUGGCCCCUAGAGUAGUCUAAAUAAUGACCAAUUAACUGAUUAAAAUUUAGUGGCCUUUUUAGAAGUCCAAGUAGUGGUAUUACUAGAACCCUAAAAACUGCUUUAGUACCCACUAAGACGCAAAAUAAUGGCUCCUAUAGAGGUUGUGUUUUUAGUGGCCACUUAAGUGUCCUCUCCAAGUAGCCCUUGAACCUCUUGAGGGACCACUAGAGUUUUUCGCAGUAAAGUGAAGAAGUGGUCAUUUUCAUGUUUCAGGUCCUGGGCGGACCUUCUCGCCUCCUUGACCAAUAUCGACCAAGGAAUCAAUAUUUUUACGCCGCCCGACUCGAAAGAAUACAAAGAAAUCAUUGUUCGUAUUGAUUUGAAAUCAACUUUUAUUGGUAGAAGAUAGAGGGAAAGGAAAUUAGGAUCAUUUUAAGAUUCAUGUUAUCCGCUUUUUUCAAUUUUUUUUGACUUCACUUUUCUGGUGAACAAUGAUCGCAGUAAGCUCUAAAAUGAGCUGAUUUUCCUGUAUUUCGAACAAAUUUUGCUCUAAAUAGAACUAGUUAAAAAACAUUGAUUUUUUGUUGCCUAUAAUUGAAUAUAACCAGCUAAAAACCAAAAAAAAAACUUUAAAUCAAUCGAAAAAACUUGGAAUCAAAUGACUUCUAAAAUACUAAAUUCAGUUGAAAAGAGGUCAAGAGCGGCCUACUGAGACGCCAUAAAAAUAUAUUCCCUUCUUCUCUGAUUCCUCUUUGAGCCCAAGCUUAUCUAGAAUUUCGGUUUCAUUGUGAAUCAAAGGAAAAAUUAUAACCGAAUAGUAAAAGACCCAUAAGGUUGAAAAAAAGAUUAAUGCGGACUGAAGAGACUCCAGAGAAGUAAGGCUUUUUCUAUGAGGUCGCCCUUGUCCUUGCAUUUUCGAUAUUUUUUGUCCCUAACUUCUUCUUUUUUCAAAAAAUCUUAAAAAAGAGCAUAUUUUGAUGUAGGAGGGGCCCAAAAAAUCAUAUUUCAACAUUCAGGCGGCCUAUGGCGCCGCAACAACCCAUCACGAAGGCGACAUGAUCUGGAUGGAUCAAUAUCGACCCAGCGGUGUGGCGAUAGUCUGCAUCGAAAAGUGGCUCUAUUUUCAAGACUACUUUGGCAGGGAGGAGUAUCAGACCACUUAUAGGUUUCCUCCCAAUUAUGCAAAUAUUAAUCGAAAUGAAGUCUUCAGAAUGAACAUUUGUAUCGAGGAGCAGAAAAAGCUCUUUGGAGAUUACAAUGGCGGGGGUAGGCAAUGGAGCCAAAGAGGCGCGGGGCCGAGAAACAACAAGUACACCCAAGAAACGCCUCUCCCGAUGGAUUCUCCCCUGCCCGGGGAGAAGAAGAACCCGUGGCUCGAGGAGGACGACGACGACGACGUCUGGAAUGAUUCGCGGAUGAGUCAGGCUGGAGAAGAACCGAUCGCCGCCGGGUGCAAGACCACCAUUAGUCUCUGGUGCAUGAGUCCGGCUUUGGUCCGUUUUUGAUGAUUAAUCAGUCGAUAUCAAGCAAUCAAUCAAUCAAUCAAUAUAUAGUCAUGUAGAUGUAAUCGACUAGUAUACAUGAACAAAUCAUUUUUAGAGGCCACAAACCCUACCUCCCAAGUAUUUUGAAUUGGAAGUCGCUUCCUGAGGUUAAAAAUUGUAUCAUUUGUUGCGGAAGAGCUUAAAAAUAAUUUCUACUCGGUGUUUUGGCCAAUUUUUGUAAACCUACCCCUCCUGGACAAUUUUUGCUUUAUACUCGCCCAGGUAUGACUAUUAGGCUUUGGUCAAAAUUCAAAAGUCGUAUCGAAACAUUGCCUUAAACGAACUAGAAGUCCAAGCCUGAGAUAUUAGAUUUUUCAAAACUUGAAAAAAAUUAUUUCACAUUUUGUGACGAAAUUUGGUUUAAAUUCAUUGAUUUUUUUGCCCAGAUACAAUUUUUUUCAAAGCUUUCUACUAUUCGUAAAAAAAGUUCAAAAAUUGUGGUUUAUUUUUAAAAAAACAGGGUAUCAUAACGCCCUUUUUUUCAAGUCAGUCUAAACCUGAGACUUGUUCGUGUAGUUGAUCAAGUUAAAAGCAUGGUCUCACGGCCUUCCGCCUUGUUCCUCAGUGCGUAUUCCAUUCAGUUUAUUCUUAAUGAGCUCAGAAUGUAGAAUACUUUGUAGCUGGAUCCCGGGGGCCGUCAUCUAAAAAGGAUAUUAAAAAUUAGAGGAAAAUUUUUGGCGAUCAAAUUUUUUUCUGAGGUUUUUUAGCUGGCGAACUUGUUGAUAUAGGAGAUUAGUAUUUGAAAACACGAAAGUUUUUGAAACAGUAAAGUUCUGAAAUUUUCGUUCUCUAAAAAAAUUCAAGUUCUUUUUUGACACUACAGUAUGUAAAUUGGACCUGAGCGCCAGAAAAAGUCAUGAUUUUUGAUCGUCUUUUUUAUUAGAACAUUGAAAUUUUCAAUACGAAAAGCCCAGAAGCCUCGUAAUAUUUCGGUUCACCACGAUUCAAAAAAAAUUUCUACAGAUCAUUGGUGAAAUUAUUCAUUUUAGGCCUUCCGCGGAGCAUUUUCCGACGCCAGAUCAGUCAUUCUAGCCUCGGGAACCCUUUGCCCAAUGGAUACCCUUAAAACUGAACUCGGUGUCGAGUUCAAAGCUCAAAUGGAAGGCGACCAAGUGAUUCCGUCGGAGCGCAUUUUCGCCGCUGUCCUGCCUACGGUUUCAGGAAAAAAAUCACAAAAGAAGGAGAAUAGGAUAUUUAGGGUCCAAAUGGGUCGAGACUACAAGCCACUUACAGAAAUACUUCGGAUAUUGAGAGUCCGUUUUACGCGGAAGUUGGCACGCUUAUUAGGUAAGUUUUAAGAGAAAAAGAGCCGUUUUUCCAGAUUUUAGAAACUUCAAAAGCGAUUAGAGAACUAAUUCAAAUUUGAGGUUAAAAUUUCGAAAGAAAAAUAAAAAAUUUAGAGACGAAAAAAAGUUUUUUCUGUUGAUUUUUGCUGCAUUUUUUUGAAAAAAAAUCUCGUUUGAGCUCAUUUUUUAUUCUCCUUUUUGCGUCUUUUUGGACUUGAAUUCAUUAAAAAACGAAUUAUGCGAAUGAAUAAUUUUGCAUCAAAAAUUAUUAUUUUCAAUUUUUAGAGUUAUAAGAAAGUUUCUAUAUAUUUCUAUCAUCUGUUUUAUCGAGACCAAAAAAAUUUGUCACUUGAUUUCUUUGAUUUUUUUGAUUUGAUGAAUCUUUUUUUCAAAAAAAUAUGUUGGAAAACUUUCAAAUCGAAUAUGUGAUUUUUCCACGCCAGAGUUGACCCUAAAGAGGCAAUCUCAGGGAUCCUUGAAGUUUUCCCUUUAGGGACCACUCUACCCAUUCCCUAUAGGGACUACUCAAGCAUUAGGGGCCUAAGGGUCAGAUUCUAAAUCCCUAUAGGAACCCCUUAAAUUUUACCCCUAUAGGGAGCCUAUAUGAGCUUUUUCAACCCCUCUAAGGACCCCUCUGUAGUUCCUGAGCAUUUUUUAGAAAUAAAUGAGUCAUUAUCGAAAAUCAAGCUUUCAGAGACGUGUGUCUGAAAGUGCCGGCCGGCGUCCUUUGCUUUGUCCCGAGUUACAGACUUCUCGAUCAGUUGAAACAGCACAUGGAACGGAAAGUUUGGCUGAGACAGAUCGAGCUGAAAAAGGUCCUGAUUGGGGAAAUUGACUUGAAAAAAGAUGAACACUUUAGUGAUACUGUAAUUUAUUGCGAAAAAUGAGCUCUCGGACCCUUGUUUCGAGAUUAAAAUCAAGGAAAAUUUAAUUGAAAGCUAAAAAUUGAAUUAUCCAUUAUUCCUCCAUCUUUGAAGCGUUUGUAGAAGUUUAUCGCUUUUUUUGAAUAUCUAAAUUUAUUUCUAGGUCGUUCUUUUCGAGCCGAGAAGGUCUUCAGAACUAGGAAUGGUCAUGGAUAAAUUCGAAGAAGCCAUCCAGAAUCCAAGGAAAUUUGGCUCCAUGAUUGAUGGCGCCUUAAUGUUUGCUGUGUUCAGGGGGAAGGUUUAAAAAUAAAAAAGGUCAAAAUCAAAGAAAAAUGCCUCAGAUCUCCGAAGGUAUCGAUUUUGCGGACGAUCGAGCCCGGGUCGUCAUUUCAGUGGGAAUUCCGUUCCCGAAUUCCGUUGAUGAAUUGGUGAUUUGUGAUUUUUGGAUACGAUUUAGAACGGAACUAUUGACUGAAAUUGGAAAAAAGUUAUUAUAAUGAUGUUGAAACGUGUUUUAAAUAGGUUGAGGAAAGGACACGUUUUUAAAAUUUUUUUAAAAAUUAUUUGAUUUUCGUCCAAUUUCUGCCUUAUAUGGGCCGUUGACAGUUUCCGCGUGUCUGCGUCUCUUUGUUCUCUCACCGGCGAGGGCAGAGAAACAUGAAAAUAGCACGUAAACCUGAGAGAGACGUCGAGAGAUAAGGAGGGCGCAGAGAAGUCCCGCCCUUUCAAAUCGCGAAAAAAAGACUAUUUUUCUCGUUUUUUAUUUUUCCUGUAGAAGAAAGACUUAUAAACAUGUUCAGUUGAUCUUUUUUCAUGAAUUUUUUUUCGUUCGAAAAAAAAAAUGAUUUCUUAGGUAUCCACGAAGCGAAAGUACAACGAUGAGAACAGUAAAAUCCUGGGAAUUUUGAACGGAGAAGAAUGGUACGUCACACAGGCCUACCGAGCUCUCAAUCAGGCUCUCGGAAGGUGAGAAAAUAUAUUAUCAAACUUGUGAUAUUGGUUAGAAGUUUUUUAUGAUUAAAAUGAUCAUUUUCCAUGAUUUUGUGUCAAAUAAGGGAGUAAAAAAAGAUUGUUUUCCGUUUUUUUGGCUCGGUUUUUGAUUUUUGAUAAGGAUUUCCUUAUUACGGACCAGGUAGACACAGUUUUCGAAGACUGCGUUAAGAUUGAAGUCAAAAAAAAAAAUCGAGAGUAUAAAAUUGGACUCGAAAUUACCCUUAAUUCAAAGAAAAGUCCAAGAAAGUCGAGAUUUAGACCCGAAAAACGACGUUUUUCGUCUCGAAAUUACCUCGAGGAAAAAAAAAUCUGUGAAUUUGAAAAAUUUAAUCAGGACGAGCUUGACGGUUUUUAACAGAAAGUAGUUGGUUAAGACGAGAUUGUUGAUUUUGUGACGGGUCAAGUUUGAGAUAAGAUCUCAGCACGAAUCGUUUCCGAGUAUAGCCCAUUUUGUCCCGAUUUUUUUUUUCCGAGCUACUGCACCCUUUUGAGAAGUUUACUUUCGAUCAGGCUUGUGCGUCAGGCGGCCCCGCCCGGGCUUUGAGCCUACAAUUUAAAAAAAAAAGCCUGCGUGGGCCGAAAAGAUUUCACGGAAAAAUUAUUUUUACUUGUUAAAUCAUAGUUUCUAAUAACUCUAUGAGAAAAAAUAAGCAAAAAAUACCACUUUUCUCGUUAAAAAAGCGGAAAAUUCGACUUGAAGAAAACUUGAGUUUUUUGGGCCGGGCCGGCCAUUUUUGCUUAAGGCCUCCCUCGGGCCGGGCCGGGCUUGGGAAGUUGCCGGGGGCCGAGAGGUUGACGGGCCGGCCCUCGCACAAGCCUGCCUUCGAUGCGUGCUGCCUAUCUCUAUGCGCGAACCUUUUAUCUAGUCUUAAAGUUUCCGUCAUAUUAAAGGCGCUUGUCCUGAGAAAGGCCGCCCGCUUCGAAGAGAAGGGUUCUCUAGCUCGGAAAAGAAAUAAACAUCGUGGCAAGUUUAAGCUUAAAUUUCGUGUCUUAGGCAUCCCUCAUACAGACUUAAGCGAAGAAUAUUUCGAUCUACCCUUUUCCCCAUCUUCCAUGUCCCGAUUUCAGAUGUCUACGGCAUAAAAAUGACUGGGGAGCGUUGAUUUUGUUGGAUGAACGACUGGAAAGACAGGCCAGCCGGAAUCAGCUUCAAGGUAUUUGAAAUUCUAUUGGUAUAAAACUUUAUGGGAGGUCAAAAAUAUUCAAAUGUUUAUUUUGAGCUCGAAUUCCCAUUAAUUUUUCUAACUUUUGGUCAUUUUUGUCCAUUUUCGCGUUGAUUAUCUUGAUUUCUGACCUUUUUUCAUUUUUUAAAUAGUUAAAAUAGAGCUUAAACUUAGUUAAUUUUCUUGGGAAGACCUUUUCGAGGUGGAAAAAAAAAGAAAAAAAAUGGACUAUUGGAAAAAAAAAACCCGCCCUUUUUUUUCUCAAAAGACUCCCUCUUUCUUGAUCUUUUCUAUACAGUUUCACUUCUUUUUUUUGUCCCCUUCAGCUAAAAUAAGUCCAUCUCCAUUAUUUUCCAUUCAAGGAGCCGCUUCUGCAAGAGUUUCCAAGUGGAUCCGAGCCCAACUGCGCGUCUACCCUCGUUUCGACCAAUUCAACGACGAUUUCCUCGAUUUUUUCAACCGAAUGAUGUCGGAAAAAGAGGAAAAAUAA